GAACGAUGCUGGAGGAAACGAUAAAACCACCGAGGUGCGGGAGAAGGUGGACCAGCUCAAGGGAAUCAUGCAGGACAAUGUAAAGAAGAUCCUGGAGACCCAUGUGACGCUAGAGUCUCUGGAGAAUUCCAGCUCCUCAAUGAGUUCGCAGGCCAACAAGUUCUUGAAGCAGAGUGUGGAUUUGCGACGUCAGAUCCAGUGCCGGAACCUCAAGAUCAAGGCCAUUUGCGGCACUUGCGUCGCAGCUCUGAUCCUGUACAUUGUCAUGCCCUUCAUCAGUUGA